AUGGUGGUCUCGGUGAAAAACGACACCCGGCUCACCGGCUCCCAGAGUUUUCUCUGCGCAGGUUUCGCUGGUUUCUUCAGCAAAACCGUCACGUCGCCCCUGGAGGUGGUGAAGAUCAAGAGCCAGGUGGGAACCUUUCACUGCAAAGGGGGCUUCCUGCAGACUUUUAUCGUCAUCUACCGGAAUGAGGGACUUCGAGGGUUUUGGAAAGGAAAUAUGGCCUCCUGUCUCCGGCUAUUUCCAUAUACAGCCGUUCACCUCACAACGUACAAGAAGAUCGUCCACCUUCACAUGGAUGAGCUGGGUUUCAUCUCUCAGUGGAGGGCCAUAUUUGCUGGGGGGCUGGCUGGCGUCGCCGCAGCCCUGCUCACAUAUCCUCUGGAGGUGGCAGAGACCAGACUCGUCGUUCAGAACUGCAGGCAGCCCACCUAUGUCGGCGUAGCUCGCACUCUCUCAAAGAUCUACAGGAAUGAAGGGCUUCCUGCUCUCUACAGAGGAUUUUCCCUCACCGUUUUGGGUGCGGUUCCCUUUUCUGUCUCCUGCUAUGCGGUUUACAUGAAUAUGGACAAGCUGUGGCAGGAGCCGUAUUUUCGCUUCACUCCUCUGCAGAACUUUGUAAAUGGCUGCAUUGCAGCAGGAGUGGCCCAAACGCUCUCAUACCCCUUUGAAACGGUUAAGCGGAAAAUGCAGGCACAGAGUCCUCGUCUUCCCCAUUUCGGUGGCGUUGAUGUCCACUUCGCUGGAAUGAUGGACUGCUUCAGACAGGUUAUAAGAAACAAGGGCGUCCUGUCGCUGUGGAACGGACUAACAGCCAACACGCUAAAGAUCGUCCCCUACUCUGGCCUUCUCUUCACCUGCUGCGAGAUGUGCAAGCAGGUUUGCCUCUACCGUAACGGCUACAUCGUCUCACCUCUGAGCUACACGCCCACGCCGGGGGUUGACCAGAGCCUCGGGCCGUACGAGCUGGAAGAGGUCAGGCGCUGCCUGAAAAACAGGAACUUUGGGUCAGGGGAGUCGUCUCUGGGAAACCGCUGGUGAAGCUUCACGGGGAAAACAUGUCCUCCUGAAGUAGGAGGAGGAAAAAUAAAACACUCCUUACCAGACUGCACCCCGAGACACUAAAACUGAGACUCUUUCAGAAUGAUAUCAUUUUUUUAUCUGACAGUAUUAACCAUGAAUUGCUACCGAUUUAUGACUUAUUUUUGGGUAACAACGCGUGCCUUUGAUGUUAAAUAUUUAUUUUUUUUUGACUCCUGUUGCAGUUUUUACUGCAUUAAUUUCACACUGUGCCGCAGCCUAUUCUGAUGAAGUAGACAGCAAAACGCUUUUUAACCGUGGACAUUGAGAUUUGAGUAUUAUGAUUGUAAAAAAAGAAGCACAUUCAGACGAUGGUUUAAUCCUUUGACAGAAGCAGCUGUUCCUCUGUAAUCAUGUACAUCUGCUGACAUGGAUUUAGUCAUUAAAAAGUUUACUUUACCCAGAACCUAA